UGCUGCGGGCGCGCCGGCGCGCCGCCACGCGCCGCUCUGCGGGGCUACCGGGGGGCUACCGGGGGGUACCGGGGGGUACCGGGGGGGCUACGCGGUUGGCCAUGGAGUUCACGCACAAGCGGGGCAAGCGGCAGGAUGACAGCGGGCUGGGCAGCGUCCUCGACGUGCUGCUGGCCAACGCCAGGCUGGUGCUGGGGGUCAGCGGGGCCGCCGUGCUCGCCAUCGCCACGCUGGCCGUCAAACGGCUGAUAGACCGAGCCACGAGCCCUCGCGAUGACGGCGAUCCCAAAGCCGAGCAGAAGACCCUAGAGGAGAGCUGGCAGGACUUGGCCUUGAUCAAAGCCACGCAAAAACCUCCCAAGAGGCAGCGAAGGGAAGACCUCAGCGAGCCCCUGCUCCCUCCGGCUCCACCACCAGCACCAGAGCCCAGGGCUUGCCCGGCACCUCCAGAGCCUCCUCAAGCAGAAUCCAUCCCCCAGCACUGCCUCACGCUGCAGGAGAAGCUCCUCUUGCACCACAGCAGCCUCCUGGCCGUGCACGAGGCACAAGCAGCGUUCGGCCGGCAGCUGGCCCGCAGCAUCUGCACCGAGCUGCAAAACUUCUUGAGGAACAAGUGCCCGGAGCUGCCUUUUGGCAGCCUCUUCCUCAGCGGUCCCCUGCUCGACGGCCUCGGGGCUCUGGCCGCUGACCACGUCCACUUCAUGCUGCCCGUGGUCCUCGACGCCGCGCUCUGGAGCCUCAUCCCGGGGGAGGACACGGUGGUGAGAAACCCCCGGUACUGGCUGAUCAAGAGGAGGGCCCUGGAGUAUUUCCCUCGGGGGUGCAGCCCCUGGGAUAAGUUCCUGGUGGGUCGCUACCUCUCCUCCAACGCGCUCAACGAGACCCUGCACAAGCUGCUGGUGGCUUCCAUCAACUGGCCGGCCAUCGGCAGCCUCCUGGGCAGCCUCAUCCGCCCGGUGGUGGCCUCCAGGGAGCUGAGGCUGGAGGUGAAACACGAGGAGCUGGAGCUGAGCAUCGCCCUUUUCCCCGUGGUGGAGAUGGACGGCAGGGUUCUGCUGGCCGCUCCUCCCCAGGGCUUGGUGGAAAACCUCUGGCUGGAGAGCUUCGGCAGGGCGGAGGCUUCGAAGGUGAGGGAGCUGGAUGCUGGUGAUGCUGGAGCCCGGCAGAGCUGCCUCCGUGUCUUGAACAACGUCUGCAGGAGCCACCCUGCCCUGCACAGACUGAGCGGCAGCCCCUUGGUGCACGUCGUGCUGCAUCUCAGCGCCGCGGGGGGGGACUGGGCAGAGGGCAGCCUCGCCGCUCGGUUCCAGCAGGUGCUGGAGGAGCUGGUGGGCUACCUGGAGCAGGGCGUCCUGCCCUCCUACUUCAACCACAAGGUCAACCUUUUUGGCGAGCUGCUGGAGGAGGAGGUGGAGGAGAUGGGCUUCUUGCUCUACAGGGCGGUGGCUGAGCCAGAAUUGCUGCUGGGGGAGAAAUGAGCACUGCAUGGGGAGCCCCCCACCCUGGCAUCGGGUGUGCCCCCUCUGCCUGCUGCUCCCUGCCAUGGGUUGUGAUGCUUCUAGUUGCCUAGUCGGUAAGAGGCCAAGUUCUUGCACUUUAUGAACCAAACUGUUUCUUUUUUCUGAAUAAAACGUGCCUGAGAAGAAGAGGGUGGGCGGCGGCGUAAGGAGCCUCUUGCUGCGAGGCUCUGCCUUACCCAGGGGGAACCCAGCCUGCGCCUGGAGUACCUAAAGGCGAGUCCCCUCUGCUGGGAGCCACCAUGGGGCAAGUUUGGCUUCUGGUUUCCAGCAAACUGCUGUCUGUUCCCAGCUGCCAGGCUCCCCUCGUGCUCUGAAACUGAGACCUGAGCGGGGCCGAGCUUCCCCUGCCUCCUGGGGCAGCCCCUUCCCUUGCGAGGGAGCUGGAGAGGUUUGGUCCCGUGCUGCUGCUGCAAACCUCACGGUUUGGGGCGUCCUGGGUGCUGUGUGGGUCCUUCUGCCAGCACCCAACGUGUUCUUACAGUGCCAUGCUGCUGGGCUGGGAGCCUCGUCCCUCGCCAGCUCUGUGGGGUUGGAAGGGUGGUGGCAGAGGAGCUGCGGGCUCCUGGGUGGCAUUGCCAGCGUCUGGGCAGGUGCUGGCUGCUCUAAGAAGUCCCCUCCAGCCUGUCAAGUGACCUUUCCGUGCAUGUUUUGCUGCUGUCUUGGUGUCCUGUUCUCCUGGAGCCUCGUGGUGUGGGGCAGGAGGGGACGGGAACGAUGCUUGGAGCAGAGUGCUUGCAAGAACUGCAGUGGCUCCUGCUGCUUUUUAUAAUGAUGUUUUGUUUGAGUGUUUUGUUCUUUUUCUCCUCGGAGGGGCUGCUUUGGCUCCGGCCGCAGCCCAGGUGUGAAGGAAUGCACUCCUGUGUUUAACGGGGAGAGCGAUGCUGGUUUUGCACACUGGUGGGGAUGGAAAAAUCCUACGGACUUCAACGUGAGCACCUGUUGUGGUUUAGUUUCCUUGAGUUAUCUUGUUUAUGGGAGGGAAAGAAAACAACAGCUGUGUUUCCUCCCGGCCUGAAGAUUAAUCUGUUCCUCCAAACCACUUCCCAAGUGUUAGCCGUGAGAAUAAACCUGCACUGUGUACCCUGG